UGCCACCCAUAGUGGUGGAUCGGUCGAUCGAAGCCCACAUUGAGUAUUGACCAAUCAGUACGCCUAGUUCACACGGCCCAUAAGAUCUGUAACUUAACCGGCCCGCCUCAUUCGGUCUGCUCGAAACCAGACCGUUCCGAUAAGCAUCCACGAUUACAAAUUGAAGAAUCCAGACCGAGAACGCCUGGUAAAGACUAGAGCAAGCACAAGAUCGGGAGCGGGGAAGAGACAAAGCAAUUGAGAUCACCAUGGACUCAAAGGCUCUAAGAAGCGGCGGAGGCCUUCUCGAAGGGAUUUACAGGGUUAUCAUGCGCCGCACCUCCGUCUACGCCACAUUCGUCAUCGCCGGCGCUUUUGUCGGAGAACGGGUUGUGGACUAUGGAGUUCAUAAACUCUGGGAAUACAACAAUAUUGGGAAACGUUACGAAGACAUUCCAGUCUUGGGGCAAAGGCAAUCAGAAGAAUGACUUGUUGAAUUCCUUCCCUUGGCGGCUUUUAAGUCCAUUCUUACUGGAAGUUUUGAGGCAUCUAUGCACAAGAUAGCUUUGCGCAUGUUUGUAAUAAAUAUUAUAUUCUUGGGUGCAUCAGACACUUUUCAAGCACGGUUCCAUUCA